GAUAACGAUUAUUCAGAAGUCAACUUCAAUAACGAUUACAAUGAAAGUAUAUGAUAUUAGUGUUAUAAUUUGAUGGAAAAUGUACACUUACAACUAAGCCCAACACCGCGUUAUCACUUAGAUAAUAUUCAAUUUAAUUUUCGUUGUAAUAUUUCAUAUUGUACUAUUGUGAGAUUGUGUCUAUUUACCACAACGGUGCACUUGUGAUUGUCAGAUAGAUUGCAUGUUCUAGAGUGAUUAAUUUUAUCGUUUUCAUGGUACUGUUGAUGUCAUAAAAUGCGCUGUCUAUCAGUCGAUAUUAAAUGUAGAAUGUAGGUGAUCGUUAUACAAUACUUGUACUACAACCACCUACCAAACACUGCCUCUUGAUUCAGUAUUUCAUACAUAAUGACAGAUUUACCAGAACUAAAGUCUAAAAAACCGGCAGAUACAGCGUUCAAACAACAGCGACUACCUGCAUGGCAGCCGAUUCUAACAGCACGCAAUGUGAUGCCAAUAUUUUUUGCGGUUGCAGCAGCAUUUAUCCCAAUUGGUUUAGGUUUACUGUACCUCACAAAUCAAGUUCAAGAAUUCGCUCUUGAUUACACUCAAUGCAAAUCCAUAAAUAUUCCUGGCCGUACUUGUGCUGAAAUAAUUGCCUUUGAUGGCACUGAUACUCCAUGUGAAUGCCAUAUUCCAUUUAGUUUAGAAGAAGAUUUUUCUCCUAACGUUUACAUGUAUUAUGGAUUGACUAAUUAUUAUCAAAACCAUCGGCGUUAUGUAAAGUCAAGAGAUGAUUUUCAGUUACUUGGAAAACUGAACAAAGUUCCAUCUAAAGACUGUGCUCCAUUUGAUUACAUAAAUAACAAGCCUAUUGCUCCCUGUGGAGCCAUUGCCAAUUCAUUAUUUAAUGAUACUCUUACUUUGGCUUAUGAUGAUAAAAAAGUUCCAUUACUUCGAACAAAUAUAGCUUGGCCAUCUGAUAAAAAUAUCAAGUACCAAAAUCCACCUGAACCUUUAAAAGAAGCAUUUAAAGAUUUUGCAAAACCUUCAAACUGGAAAUUGAAUAUAUGGGAAUUGGAUACAGAAAAUCCAUCAAAUAAUGGUUUUAAAAAUGAAGAUUUGAUUGUAUGGAUGCGAACAGCUGCAUUACCUGAUUUUCGUAAAUUAUAUAGACGUGUUGACCAUUCUAAUGGAUUUGAAAUUGGUUUACCUAAAGGAAAUUAUACAUUACAUAUAAAAUAUAAUUAUCCAGUAGCAGGCUUUGGAGGAACAAAAAGUAUGAUAUUGUCCAAUACUUCAUUUACAGGAGGCAAAAACUUGUUUCUUGGAUAUGCUUAUAUUGUUGUUGGAUGUAUUUGUUUCUUAUUAGGAUUAUUGUUUUUAAUUAUCCAUAUAAAAUAUAAACCUAGUGCAAAUACAGAUGUUUCUGUUGUUACACCAUCUACAUCAUACUAAUAACUUAGCAUUAUUAUAUAUUUAAUAAUGAAAUAACUUAUUGUGUUUAUUGCACUUAAAAAUUUAAUUGGGCUGUGCUUGAACUAGCAAUUAAUUAAUGAGCUUUAUAAAAUGAUGUGAUAUAUACAAAAAUUAUAAUUUUAUUAAUCACAUUAUAUUUCACUAUGUGAAACCACUUUCUGUAUUGACCAAUUUUU